GCUCUGCGCCCCUUUCCCGCCCGGCCCGGGGGGUUACCGGCUGCGGAGCUCGGCAACGCACGGGCGGCCACAGAGGAACACGCUGCUGCAGGACGCCGGUGCCCGGCAGAGCUCGGGGGGGUGAGCACCCGGCCUCCGCACCCGGCUGAUGCUUCGAGCUGGCGGCGCAGGAAUCAAAACUAGUCUGUCAUCUACCUCCCCGUUCCUUCACCUGAGAGGGAGGCAGCUUCCCGACCGACGGGCCCACGAUCUGUCCACUUUCUAAGUGGAGUCUAGGGUUGAAGGCAAAGAGAGGAAUUUGUCGUCCCCCAGACAAGCUUGUAGGUCUUCCACCCAUGGCCUGUGACCUGGAGGAUGCCAGGGAUGAAAUGGCUCUAUCCCCUCUACAAUUUCGGGAGAUGCUAAAAGCAACUGCUCAGAAAAGUGUCUUUCAGGAGAGUCACCUCUGUUCCUGUCCCACCUUACAAAGACAGAGAAAGGAUCACUUUUUUGGCGAUGGGAUCGGGGUCUCCCUGGCUCCCUGCACCACCUCCCAAGCCCCUCAGUCUGUCGAUUCCUCCUCCUCUACCACCCAUCCCUGCCCCAUGGAUUUCAACCUUCUGGCAGACGCGGAGGCUCGCAGCCCAGCCUUGUCUCUCUCGGACUCUGGAACUCCUCAACACGAGCACAGCUGCAAAGGGCAGGACCACAGUGACACAGAGAAGUCCCAGCAAAACCAGACGGACGACUCCAACCCUGAAGACGGCUCGCUCAAGAAGAAGCAGCGAAGGCAGAGGACACACUUCACCAGCCAGCAGCUCCAAGAGCUGGAAGCCACUUUCCAGAGAAACCGUUACCCAGACAUGAGCACCAGGGAGGAGAUUGCAGUCUGGACCAACUUGACAGAGGCACGAGUCCGGGUCUGGUUCAAAAACCGCAGAGCUAAAUGGAGGAAACGAGAGAGGAACCAACAGGCUGAACUGUGCAAGAACAGCUUUGGAGCCCAGUUCAAUGGACUGAUGCAGCCUUAUGAUGACGUGUAUUCCAGCUAUUCCUACAACAACUGGGCCACCAAGGGGCUCGCCACCAGCCCGCUCUCAGCCAAGAGCUUUCCAUUCUUCAACUCCAUGAAUGUCAGUCCCCUCUCCUCCCAGCCCAUGUUCUCCCCACCCAGCUCCAUCACCUCAAUGACCAUGCCUUCCUCCAUGGUCCCUUCUGCAGUGACAGGAGUACCAGCCUCUAGCCUCAACAACCUGGGAAACAUCAACAACCUGAACAGCCCGAGCCUCAACUCUGCUGUCUCAUCCAGUGCCUGUCCUUACGCCUCAACAGCCAGCCCCUACAUGUACAGGGACACAUGCAACUCCAGCCUGGCCAGCCUGCGGCUGAAGGCCAAGCAGCACGCCAACUUCACCUACCCGGCAGUGCAGACGGCAGCUUCCAACCUGAGCCCUUGCCAAUACGCUGUGGACAGGCCUGUAUGAAGGGCUGCCCUCUGCCAACCAGGGACUUGACCUUAGCCUGACAAAAGGAGACCUUUAGCCCUACAACAGCGUACGUCCUGCAGAGAAUGAGAGCGAACAUGAGAGCGUAAGAGGGAGAGGGAGAGAGAGAGAGAAGUGAGCAGGCAGACAAACCUUUACAAAGAUUUGUCUAUCGUAUGGUGAAUUUUGACUGUCUUUCCCCUUCAAAACCCCUUCCCUUCUUGCCUACUAAAACUCCUCCUCCUCCAUAAAGAAACCAAAACACUCUACUGGAAGCCCUAGUGGAGAAAUAGGAGCCCCAACAUGCAGGGUGCCUGACCCACGGGCAGCAGAACCAAGUAUGUUUCAAUCUUCCCCUCCAAACUCCACAGGGGUGAGCCCCCCAAAUCCUUGGAAUAGCGUGGGCAGACACACUUCACCCCUGCAGGGCAUAGCCAGAGACAGGACAAUGUGGGUGGUGCCAUUUGGUGCUUGGCUGACCCAUUUUCUCUGCACAUGUGCAAGACUUCAGUUAAAGAUAUCUUGCCCAUUUAUUUAUCAUAAGGAUAAUGAAGCCAGUAAGGAAGCCUUGUCUCAAUUAAUUGGCAUCUCUCUUUAUAAUGCAUAUAUACACAUGGCCCUUCAGACUUGAAGUCUUUAGGAGCUGGGGGUUGUAAGAAUAUAAAAUAUGUGUCUGUAUAUAUAUCUUAUAUAUAUGCAAAUACAUAUAUAGACAUUAAAAUAUGCUUUUUUGUUUUGUAUGUGAAAUAACCUACAAAGUAGACCUUAAAACCAAAAACCCUGUAAAGGAAGCACAUCCACUGAGGCAGUGUCCUGCCUGUCAUGCUUUACUGCUUCAGUCAUUUCCAGUCAGACACAAACACUGUUGCCAGUGUACAUCCAAAACACCCCUUUUUGCAACCGUCAGCUCCUCCUUGCACAUCUCCUUCCCUUCCCUUCUCCAAAUCCCAUUUCCAAAAGAGAUAAUAAAAUAAAAGUUGGCACAAUCCCUUUAA